CGGUAAUGAGUUUGCAUCAGUCGAUCGAGUUCUCUCAUCGAACUAACUUGUUGCCAAGUAUUAAAAAAUUAUUAAAUAUACUAUACUUCCAUCAUGUCUGCUCUGAAGACUGUGUUCGUUCUUUUGGUCUGCGCUACAUUCGCCUUGGGUUUCCAUCUUGACUCCAGAGUUAAGCGAGCUACAAGCGACUCGGCGAUUUCUUCUACCAGUGAUUCUGCUGACACGACAAACUCGGACAGCAUCUCCUCAUCUUUGAACACUGGAAACACCGCAAGUGCAAUGCAAAAUGCAGCUGGCACGAUCGGAAGUGACAUAAAGGGCGCCGCAUCGAGGGUGCAAAACGCUUUCAACUCGACCUACCAGGAGGAGAAAGACUCCGUCUCGGACAGCUGGAAUAACGUCAAGGGAUUAAUCCACCAGAACAUCGAAACCGGAGCCAACCUUACUAAGACGGCCUUUGACCUCGGCACCAUCUUUCCGAAAUUUGGCAAGAAUUUGAUCAUUGGAAACUAGGCGUCUACCACAUCAUCGGCGAUGACAACGAUCUGUGGAUUUUUUCUAUCAAACAUUAUAAUGAUUUAGAUGUAUCGACAAAAAAAAAUGUUUUUGCGUGAAUAAAAAAUAUUGAUUUUUAUAAUAAUUUAA